AUCAGUAUAAAACUCUUAAAAGAUGGGGAAGUUCGUUCUUAUAAUAUUGGCAACAUUUGUUGCUAUCCUCAAUGCUUCUCCACUCAAACAUUCCCAAAUAAGGCAAGAAGAAAACCUGGAUUGGUGGCAAAACGCGGUAGUUUACCAAAUAUACCCGAGAUCAUUUCGCGAUAGUAACAACGACGGUGUAGGCGACUUAAGAGGUAUUAUUGAAAAAAUCGACCAUUUGAUCGAUCUGGAGGUGGACGCCAUAUGGCUGUCGCCCAUCUACAAAUCUCCCAUGAUAGAUAAUGGGUAUGAUAUCAGUGAUUAUCGUACCAUUGACGAAGUAUUUGGCAACAUGGACGAUUUUAUGGAACUCCUUGACAAAUACCAUAAAGCAGGAAUAAAAGUUCUCUUAGACUUCGUGCCCAACCAUACGAGUGACCAACAUGAGUGGUUUAACAAAUCGGUAUCGAAAGAACCGGGAUACGAGGACUAUUACAUUUGGGCCGCACCAAAAUUGAACGAAAACGGCACCAGAAGCCCCCCAAAUAAUUGGCUGAGCGUAUUUGAUAACUCGGCAUGGACAUGGAACGAGCAGAGACAGGAGUAUUAUUUCCAUCAGUUCUAUAGUGCUCAACCCGAUUUGAAUUUUAGAAAUGCAAAGGUUCAGCAAGAAUUAAAGGAUGUAAUGGCGUACUGGUUGGAUAUGGGAGUAGACGGAUUCAGAAUCGAUGCAGUGCCACACAUUUAUGAAGAUGCGGAAUUAAAAGAUGAGCCGGUAAAUCCUGACUCAGGACUAAACCCCACUGACUACAACUACUUAAAUCACAUCUACACAAAGGAUCAGAAUGAGACUUUCAGUUUGGUAUAUGAUUGGAGAGCAUUUAUGGAUAAUUAUACUAAAGCCAAUGGUGGAGAUACACGGAUUUUUAUGACAGAAUGCGCAUCAGAUCUGGAUAAAAUCUUGUAUUACUAUGGAAAUGGGGAAAAGCUUGGCGCUCACUUUUCUUUUAACUUUAACCUCCUGGGGCUGGAUGUAAAUUCUACUUCCAAAGAUAUUAAUGACAAAAUCGAUCCGUGGUUUGACAGAAAAUUUAAUAAUUAUACCAAAAAUUGGCUGACUGGAAAUCACGAUAACCCGAGGGCGGCAAGCAGAAUGGGUCCGAACCACGUGGACGCUUACAACAUGUUAAUAACAAUAUUAGGGGGCGUUACUGUGACUUAUAUGGGGGAGGAAAUCGGUCAGGAGAACGGCGAACUCACCCCCGAAGAGAUGACCGAUGCGAGAAACCUGGAACGCACCCCAUUCCAGUGGGAUACGACAGUUAACGCGGGAUUUAACGAUGGUGCGACACCUUGGCUGCCUGUCAGUAAAAAAUACUUAGAAACGAACUUGGCCGAUCAAAAAAAUAAAACUAUUAGUCACUAUAAGAACUACAAACAGCUGGUGCAACUUAAGAAGGACUUGGUCAACUAUAGCUCACUCGGAUAUGGUUAUGAUGAGAUUGGCAAUGUUUUUGUCGUAUCCAGAACUAAUGGUCGUUCGCAGUAUUAUAGGUACAUUUUUAAUAUUGGACGUGAAGGCUAUGAGAUUAAAUUAGGCAGCUCUAGUCUUUUUGUGCAGAGUGUGAACGUUAGUUAUUCACCUGGGGACACCUUGGUGCUGCAACCAGGAGACAGUAUUAUUCUCAAAGCAUAAAAUUCAAUAGAUAAAGUUAACUUUGUAUAAAUAAAGUUUUUUUGGUGUUAA